CGAUGUUCCCACUUCCGGGUCCACGGCGGAAAAUAUGAAAGGAUUAGGUCUUGAUCGCGUGUUUUAUGACUGAUAUAUUCAAAUAGGAGAUUGGUAAUGGAGAAACAGAAAUCGUUCAUUGCAGUCCACGCAGGUGCUGGCUAUCAUUCAACAAACAAAGAAACAGAGUACAGAUCGGUGUGUAAGGAUGCAUGCAAACAGGCAAUGGAGAUUCUUCACAAGGAAGGGAAUGCAGUGGAAGCAGUCACCAAAGCCGUGUCAGUGUUGGAGGACUCCCCACUGACCAAUGCAGGCCUUGGGUCCAGCCUGACUCUCGAAGGGUGUGUGGAGUGUGAUGCCAGUGUCAUGGAUGGACGCACUCUCACAUCUGGAGCUGUCGGGUGUGUCAUGGAUGUGCAGAAUCCAGUGCAGGUUGCAGAGCGACUGGUCCAGACACAGGUACAGGGAGGUCUCUCUCAUGGCCGCAUACCCCCCAGCAUCCUAGUAGCUCAUGGCGCCAGGCAGUGGGCUGAUCAACAGGACAUCACUCUGACAGCAGACGCCGGCCAUGUAACAGAGUCGUCCCGAAGAACAUACUUGAAGUACAAGAGAAAGUUGGCCAAUCAGACAUCUACGUCAGGGAACAAGGAGACAGCUGAGGACACCACCCACAAAAGGAUGAAGACAGGAAAGGAUGAACUUGAGUGUGGUGAGUGCAGCGGUGUCCAGGAUACAGUCGGGUGUGUGUGUGUUGAUGGAGAGGGCAACAUGGCCGCCGCCUGCUCCAGUGGAGGGAUUUGGAUGAAGCACACAGGCAGGAUGGGACCUGCCGCUCAUUAUGGUGUUGGUUCCUGGGCCCACAAUGGCUGCUGCAACAAGACACCAGGUGUAGCGGUUGUCUCUUCAGGUGGUGGUGAACAUCUCAUCAAGACCUUCUUGGCCAAGACAUGUGCUGACAGGGUGCAGAAGGAACCCAAUGCAAGUCUAGCAGUCAGUUCUGCAUUCAAGGACAACUUUCUAGAGUCGGAGUUCCUGUCCCACGUGGAGGACAAACAUGGCGGUGUCCUGGUGUUGAAGCACCUCAUGGAGGACGACGGCUACAGAGAAGCUGAGGUUCUGUGGGCUCAUACUACAGACAGCAUGUGUGUAGGCUAUAUGCUGGAGACACACUCUAAACCAACGACUUUUAUAUCUCGACUUCCAGCAUCAUCACUCCCUGGAAAAUCUUUCGCAAUGGAGGGGAAGAACUUUAAACUUUGACCAAUCCAAGUGAAAGAUUCCAACGUACAAGCCUCUAGCUGUGAUAUUACAGACACAUCAUCCCACCUGCUGAAGCAACAUGAUCAUGAAUUAUGCUAAUACCACAUUAUGUUAAAACUGCUUUUGUUGAAAAAAGCAGCUAAGAAAUGUGUUGUAUUUUAUGCUGUUUGCACCUAAAUUGUAUUGCAUUUGUACAAAAAGGCCCAUGACUUAUAAGUACUGAAUAAAGUGAAGAACAGAACAUGAAUGAUAAUUGCUUCUUACGUGUACAAAAUAUAUUUGCUAUUCACUCUAAUCAUUGGUUGUUACCAUGGAUGUGAUAGUGCAGAGACUGGAAUGUGUGAAUGUUCAUAAAGAGAGUCUCUGCUCUCAGGUCUUGCUUUCCAGUUUAGCUCUCCACACAAUUAAUGCCAUGCGUGGAAACUAGGCAAUCUUAGCAGACAACAGGGUGUUUGCAGAGCCCAAGUCUAGUCCCCCCAAGAGAAUGCAUAUUGUCAAAGUUGGAGUAUUUGUGUUCUUACAGCAUUGGCAUGAAACAAGUAUUUCACUGUAUUCAUAUUGAUAAUAGGGUCUUGCAAUGACAGUAGUGUAUUAAACUUCAGAAUAUUUGGAAAGAUGUAAAAUUUAGAUUUUAUGUAACUUUGCCUAAGAUGGCUAUGAGCUGGACAAAUUAACAAAAAGUGAUAUUCAUGGUUUAAGUUUAAACUUUACAUUUUCUAAAUUCACGAGGAAUAUUAAAAUGUCAAUGUUCAAUCAUCAUUCAUGUUAAAGGUACCCGGUAUAUCCUUGGGUCAAUUAAAGAAUUAAUAUAUAUGUGGUAAUUUGUUGAUAGUGCUGAAAAUCUGUCUCCCACACACAAUGUGCAAAUCAGUCUUAUUGUUCAUUGUUGUUGAUAUUAAGUUCAUCAAAAGUUAUCUGUAUAAAAUGCCUUAAUUUCUU